UGUGGCCGGGAGCCGCUGGCCCGGGACUCCCUGCUCUCCAUCCCACUCGCCCCCAGUGCCUUGUCAGCGCAGCCCAGCUCACCAUGGUGGACGCCUUCGUGGGCACCUGGAAGCUAACGGACAGCAAGAAUUUUGAUGAGUACCUCAAGUCUCUGGGUGUGGGCUUUGCUACUAGGCAGGUGGCAUGUAUGACCAAACCUACCACAAUCAUUGAGAAGAAUGGAGACAUUAUCACCAUAAAGACUCACAGCACCUUCAAGAACCUGGAGGUCAGCUUUCAGCUGGAGGUGGAGUUUGACGAGACCACAGCUGAUGACAGGAAGGUCAAGUCCAUUGUGAGGCUGGAUGGAGGCAAACUUAUCCAUGUGCAGAAGUGGGAUGGGCAAGAGACAACGCUUGUGCGGGAACUAAGUAACGGGAAACUCAUCCUGACACUCACCCAUGGCAGUGCAGUGAGCGUUCGAACCUACGAGAAGGAGGCAUGACCUGCCACACCAUCAUGGACUGCCCCUUUGCCAACUGGCUCAGCACCACAUUGCCUCAUAUUUUUCCUCUGGCAUUUUAUAUAAAUCUACUUUGGUUGGGGAAUUCCUUGGGGUCAAGUGGCACCAGUUUAGAUCGAGUUCCUCCUCCCACUGUGUAUGUGUUUUUUUUGUUUUCUAAAUGAUAUCCAAAGUACCAAAGGGUACUCUGAGGUCAAUAAAGCAGAACAAAGGCCACCCCA